AAUGGAAAAGAAAAGCUCAUCACAAACUUCGGGCUCACCCCCCGUUGUUCAGUCAUCUCCUUCUGUUAAGCAAUCUACGCCUUCAGAAAAAUCUAAUAAAUCGACAACACCUGCUCAACAAUCGACACCUUCUGAUAAGUCUAAUAAAUCACCUUCAGUUCAACAAUCCACGCCAUCCGAAAAAUCCAGUAAAUCUUCGGCUUCGAUUCAACAGCCAUCUCCGCCUUCUGACCAAGCAACAAACGACAAGAGCUCAUCAGUAAGCAUUCAACUGCGUUCUCCUUCAGAACAGCGUUCGCCAUCAGAACAACCAUCUAACGAACAAGCAAUUCUAAUGGCGAGACGAGAUAAUUUUCGUCAACGUGGUCGUCAAUCAUCCUCUACGUCAAUUACAUCGACUCAUUCAGUCGAGCGAAUUGCUUCACUCCAGAAUGAAAAUUAUACUGCAUUUUCUCAUGCAAAAUCGGUACAAGAAGCCUGUAGAUGCUUUGAUCUAACUCAUGAACAACUUUUGGAGAUUAUGGCUCGUAUGGAUGCUCAUUAUGAUGAAGGGUUACGUUCAGAAACUGCAAGACAGGCAACAGUAAAGAUGUUACCGGCCUAUAUUCGUGACGUUUCUGUUGGUCAAGAACGUGGAAAAUUUUUGGCUCUCGACUUGGGUGGUACUAACUUUCGAGUUUUGUUGAUUGAACUUAAAGGAGAAAAGCAUUCUUCUAUGCAAAGCAAAAUUUAUCGAAUUCCUGAUAGAGUGAUGAAAGGGACUGGUGUUGAGGUUUUGCUGGUUUUUCCUAGUCUUUUAUACUUUGCUAUAGAAUUUUCAUUAAUUAAUUUUAAGCUUUUCGAUCACAUUGCCGCUUGUUUGGCCAAAUUUGUGGUGGAUUUUGAAUUGUCUAAACUCGAAACGAAAUUGCCUCUUGGCUUUACAUUUUCUUUUCCCUGUCAACAAGAAGGGCUUACUUCUGCUAUUUUAGUAAAUUGGACAAAGGGAUUUAAUGCCUCCGGCGUUGUUGGUAAUGACGUUGUUCAAAUGCUUCGUGAAGCUUGUCAACGUCGAGGUGAUAUUGACGUUGAUGUUGUUGCUGUUCUUAAUGAUACAACUGGAACAAUGCUUGCCUGUUCAUUCUUUAAGGAGCAUUGCUAUAUUGGUGUUAUUGUUGGGACUGGUUGUAAUGCUGCUUAUAUGGAAUCACUUGACAAAAUAUACAAAUUGCAGGGAAAAGUUUUUCCAGAAAAAGAUGGUCUUCCAAACGAAAUGUGUGUAAACACUGAAUGGGGUGGAUUUGGAGAUGAUGGGGCACUCGCCGAUUUCCUUACAAUUUAUGACACACAACUGGAUGAGAACAGCAUAAAUCCAGGAAGACAACGAUUUGAAAAAACAAUUUCUGGAAUGUAUUUGGGAGAAUUAGUUCGACUUGUACUUGAAGACCUUACAAGAAGAGGAUUGAUUACCACCCUUCCUAUUAAUGAUAUUUCUCAACCUGGAUUUAUUCCAACUAAAUUGGUUUCUGAUAUCGAAGGUUUUGUAAAGGAUCAUGCUAGUCCAUUCGGAAAAAUUAAUGAUUUGCUGUUGGAUAAAGGUGUUGACGACCUUUCCACUGGUGAUUGUGCAAAUAUUGCUUAUGUUUGUUCAAUGGUUAGCACACGUGCUGCACAUUUGUGUGCUUGUGGAAUAGCUUCACUUUUAAAACGUGUAAUAUCCAGAAAAGUUGCAGUCAAGAAUGAAAGAGGUGAAAGUCCAGAAAUGACUGUUGGUGUUGAUGGUUCUGUUUUUCGUUUUCAUCCAAAUUUUGAACAUUUAUUAAAUAUAAAAAUACAUGAAUUACUUGAUGGACAAUUGAAUGGAUGGAAGAUUGUUUUGGCACUUAGCGAAGAUGGAAGUGGUCGUGGAGCCGCUGUAGCUGCUGCUGUUGCUACAAGAAUGAGUCGAAUAAUGAAAGAGAAAAAAGAACUUGAACAAGCUUCGGAAGGAACGGAAGAAGCACCAGCGUCUUCACCGAGUAAUGUCGAAACGACAUCACAACAAGCAGGACCAACAUCUUCAACAUCAGGUCCAACACAGACAUCAACAACAACGACCAUAGGAAAUGGUCAUUAA